AUGAGAAAGAGUACAGUGGCAGAUAUCAAACGGUUCAAAUACGAGGAUCGUAUAGACUCUAUACCUCGAAAGGGCCAACCAAAGAAGUUGGAUGGACGUGAUAAGAGGAAACUAAUAAGAAUAAUGAAGAAGGAUCCUUCACUCAGUGCACCGAAAUUAGCAACAGAGCUCUUAAAUGAGACUAGGAAGAAGAUACAUCCCCAAACAAUCCGCAGAGUCUUAAAAGAUAGUGGUUACAAUGAAAGAGUAGCUAGGAAGAAACCAUAUGUGAAUGAACAGAAUCGAAAGAAGAGAUUAAAUUUUGCUAAAGAAUUUGUUUUGAAGGAAGAAACAUGGUAG